AUGAGACAUGGCGAUGGACGCGUCGAAAAUGCCUCUUUCCCAGCGGGUGUUCUCAGGCGCCUCCAAGGGCUGUUGCCCCCUCUGACAUUCAUCACAUGUCACUACGCCUAUUUUGUAGGCAUGUGCCUUGUAUUCUCGCUCAUCUUCUGGGGCUCUUCGAGCGCGGUUUUUCCCGUCGGCUAUGUCGAUAGCCUCUUCCUCGUGGUCUCGGCCAUGACCGGUACUGGCCUGAACACGGUAAAUCUCAGCCAUCUCAAUACGUGGCAGCAGAUCAUGCUGUUUCUGCUCAUCAUGUUUGGCGGCCCCAUCUGGGUCUCCGUUUGGACAUUUCUGGCCCGCAAGCGCGCGUUCGAGCGGCGCUUCAACGACGUCGUCCGUGCCGCUGGAGAGCGCACCAAGAGUCCGUGCCACAGUGCCACCUCCCCCGUGGCCGCCGCCGUCGGCUACCUGCUGUUGCCCGUCGUGCCCUGGUCCAGAUCUCAGUCUUCCCGUCCCACUGUCAAGGGCCCCCAGGCCGGCUGCGCGGGCGACGGCGCCCGGCGGCCGCGUUCGACGAACGGGGCCAAUAAGCCCCAAUUUGACGCAGCCGUGGGCCUGGGGCCUGAGACGGGAGGCCUCGCGGUCGGUGAUGACGUCGCCCUCGAAACACACACGCCCCCAGGGGCGGCGGCCAACGAGGGUCGCAUAACAUUCGCCGACGUGGUCAAUAACGUCCCCUUGCGCAAGAGGCCUCCUCACAGGACAAGUGCGGACCCUGGCGCGCCGUCGGACAAGGCAGAAGGAAAACUGCCACGGGCCAGAGAAAGCGGCAACGGCGGUGUACGCGAGUUCCUGGAUACGAUACCGGUGGGGUGCAACGGGCAGUUCCACGACCUCAGCAGCGAGGAGCGGGAGCAGCCGGGCGGGACCGAGUAUCGCGCCCUCAAAGUGCUCGCAACCGUGGUGCCGCUGUACUUUGCGCUGUGGCAGCUGGCGGGGUGCCUCGCCCUGGGGGCCUGGAUGGCCGUCAACAUGCCGGACGUGGCGCUCGCCAACGGCAUCGAUCCGUGGUGGCUCAGCAUCUUCAACGGGGUUUCCGCCUUCAACAACUCGGGCAUGUCCCUGCUCGAUGCCAACAUGAUCCCGUUCGGGCAGGCCGCCUUUGUCCUGGUCACCAUGGCGCUGCUGAUCCUGGCGGGGAAUACGGCGUAUCCCGUCUUCCUGCGCCUCAUCUUUUGGGCCUGGCUCAAGCUGCUGAAGCUGGCGACCGGCGAAGGCGCGCUGGUAGACUUCAAGGCCACGCUGGAGUUCAUCCUCAGAUAUCCGCGUCGGGUUUACACGAACAUGUUCCCGUCUCGCCCGACCUGGUGGCUGCUUUUCAUGGUUGUGCUGCUCAACUCGAUCGACUGGGCCGCCUUUGAGCUGCUGAAUUUGGGAAACCCCGUCAUCGAGAGCAUUCCCAAGGGCGCACGCGUGCUGGGUGGCCUGCUCCAAGCGGCCGUCGUUCGCUCAGGCGGCUUCUCCGUGGUGCCCAUCGCCAAAGUCUCCAUUGGACUUCUCAGCGUGGGUUUCUAG